CGGCAUCAAAUCGACACGGGAAGCUUCGUGGUGCGGGUUUCUUAUCCGCGCCCUCCCCCUUACCUACCACCCCUACCCUGACGACGACGACGACACUCAAUCCACGGGGACGACUACUAAAGACAUUUUGGUGGUUAAGAAGAAACUAAGCUGGUUGAAAAUCGCCCGGCUUGGCUUCUCUCUUCUCGCUUCUUAUUGUUUUUUUUCCUUUCCAUCGUCGGCGCCUACGUAAUUCCUUUUUUUAGCCUCGUCGGCUAACUGUGUGUGCUAGCUCGAAACGACAAGGCCCCGAGCGUCGCGUUGUGUGUGUGCGUGUGUGUGAGUGUGUGAGAGACACUUGCGUCGGUUCAUUCGGAGCAAGGCCCCAGCAUCCUGGCAUAUCACGCCCGGUCUUCAUCGCUCGGAUCGACAACCGGCAGCAGCAGUAACAGCAGCGGCAGCAGCCCAACGCAAGGAUGGCUUUGAAACGGAUUAAUAAGGAGCUUCACGACCUGGCUCGUGACCCCCCAGCACAGUGCUCCGCUGGGCCAGUGGGUGAUGACAUGUUUCACUGGCAAGCCACAAUCAUGGGCCCCACUGACAGUCCAUAUCAGGGAGGUGUUUUCUUCUUGACUAUUCAUUUUCCAACAGACUAUCCCUUCAAACCACCCAAGGUUGCGUUCACAACGAGAAUCUACCACCCGAAUAUUAACAGUAACGGCAGUAUCUGUCUGGACAUUCUCAGAUCACAGUGGUCUCCAGCACUUACCAUUUCGAAAGUUCUUCUCUCCAUUUGCUCGCUGCUAUGCGACCCCAACCCAGACGACCCGCUAGUGCCAGAGAUUGCCCGAAUCUACAAAACAGAUAACGUCAAGUAUUCCAAAACGGCAAAAGAAUGGACACAAAAAUAUGCAAUGUGAUGGAGACAAAAUUCUCUGGUGGAGGGGGGGGGGAUACAUUUCUUUGGUUCAGACUGAAAUUUUUUUUUCUUUUUUUCCCCCCCAUUUAUAUGUAUUUUUUUUGUUUCAUCCAGAACAUUUAACACCUACUCUUAUUUGUUUUUCUCACCCGUGCGCAAAUCAGAAGAUUGUGUUUUUCUCUCAGGGCACGAGGCGACAGUUUUUCCCCAGAAUUUUCAAACGCACACCCUGUUUGAGCAUGCACCAUUAGCCAUCUCACAACCCACGCAUUAACUACUUAGAUUCAUUUGGCAAAAACAAAAAAAGAGAGAAAACUAGCUUCCAUCGCCCUGUUAGCACCGGAAGUGGGGGGGGGGAGCGCGUACAGAAAAAGCACUGCAGUCCGGAGACAAAAUAUUAAGAACCUCAAUGUUGUAUUUUAUGCAUGUU